AUUAUCAUCACUGUACAUACUGAUUUUGCCUUUAUUAUAAGUCUUUAUAAUGGAUUUUAUAUUGAUAUGAAUGUGUCCUCGCCUCUCUUUUCAGCACUUUAUGUAUUUGGAGUUGGAGUUGACGUAAAAAUAGAAGAUAUACAUUGCUUAGUGUCACACAGGGACAAAGAAAAACAUUUAUUUAAGCUUCCAGAUUUGGACGAGGUGCAGAAGAUAUUUGACAGAAUGAUUGGUACUGUAUCUGUAAUUCACUCAUAUGUGAAAUUUGAACAUCUGUUCAGCAGAUUACAGUAUGCCAAAAUUUGAAUUGUUGGAUAGAGACGAGACUGUCAAGACUUUUGUCUUGUAUGUAUUUCUGAUGUUUAAAGCUAGAUAUGUUUAAUGCAAUAAAAACAUGCCAUUAAUAGUAUGUUCAUUUAUGUCUAUUAUAACCUACAAUAUAACCUAGACUACCAUUCAAAAGUUUGGAGUCGGUAGAUAUUUUAAAUGUUUUUGAAAGAAGUUUCUUAUGCUCAUCAAGGCUGCAUCAAAACUCAACUCCAACCCUGAUCAAACUCACCUACCUGUGAUUUUCUAAUGAUCCUGAAGACACUGAUUAGCAUGCUCAGGUGUGUUUGAUUAAGGUUAGAUCUAAACUCUGUAGGAAAGUGGAUCUCACGAGUCAGAUUUGAGUAUCCCUGCUCUAGAGAAACGUAAAUUUAGUCAAGUUGACUGGUAAGUGCAUGAUAAGACAUGAUGAGUUGCUCUGUUUGCCCAAACCAGAUAAUGCACUUAAAAACUCAGGUCCCAUUGCAUCAGUGUUGCAGAAGGCUGAGGUGCACAUUAUUAACAACACUGUGUGCAACAAUCUGAUGGAUGAUGGGAUAACACCACACAUGAUCUGUGCAGGUGUAUUGAGCGGAGGCGUAGAUGCUUGUCAGGGUGACUCGGGUGGUCCAAUGACUUCCACUGAGAGCAAUGGCCGCAUGUUUCUUGCUGGCGUGGUGAGUUGGGGAGAUGGCUGCGGCCGCAGGAACAGGCCUGGCGUUUACACUCGGGUCACAGAAUACCGCAGCUGGAUCAGGCAGAUGAAGACAGUAUCAACCUGUAUUGAGAGUUAUUUAAAAUAAAGUGUUACUCCACCCCAAAAUGAAAAUUUUGUCAUUAAUCAUUUACCUCCAUGUCAUUCCAAACCCGUAAAAGCUUCAUUCGUCUUUGGAAAACAAUUUAAGAUAUUUUGGGUGAAAACCGGGAGGCUUGUGACUGCCCAGUAAUUAAAACUCUCAAGGUCCAGAAAAGUAUGAAAGACAUCGUCAAAAUAGUCCAUCUGCCAUCAGUGGUUCAACCGUAAUGUUAUGAAGCUACAAGAAUACUUUUUGUCUGAAAAGAAAACUAAAAUAAUGACUUUAUUCAACAAUUCGUCUCCUUCCCAUCUCCACCACGUCAGCUUAGCGCCAUUUUGGAGAGUAUCCUCUGGACGCAAACAGCAUAUGCUCUUCUGUGUCAGCCGCACCACACGGAUACGCUGUUUUCGUUCAAAUCAAAGCGUAAAUAUAUGUAGAAGACGUGUGGUGCGACUGACACAGAAUAGCAUACGCUGUUUGCGUCCAGAUGGACUAUUUUUAUACUUUUCUGGGCCUUGACAGUGUUAAUUACUGGGCAGUCAAUGGGACAGUCACAAGCCUCAGUUUUCAUCCAAAAUAUCUUAAACUGUGUUCCGAAGACGAAGAAAGAUUUUGGGUUGGAGUAACCCUUUAAGGCAUUCAUGUUCAUCGAGUUUUAUUUCAGAAGCCAUAAAGAUUUCUAUAAUCAGGCCAAAUGCCCACUAAUUUUUAAUUUUUUUUUACUUUAAUUUCCAUGAAUAUAAUAAUGAGCUUUCAUAGUUUCUUCAUUUAUUUCUCUAUGUAUUUAUGCUCUUAAGAGGUUCGUCUAUGUGCUAAGUAAUAGGAAAUAAUUUUAUUGCUUUCAUUUAUUCUGGGCAGUUAAGGUCCUGCUUGAAUAUUAAUUGAAUUUUAAAUGUAUGCUGAUAAAUUUAUAUAAUUUCUAAGCUUUGUAUGUUAGUUGCAGACUAAGUAUAUUUCGUGUGUGUGUAUAUGUGUGUGUGUAUAGAUGACAGUUUGUGUUUUUACGCCUUAGAUUUCUUUUAACAUCCAUUGAAAUUUUGAAAAAUAAAAAUGUUAUAAUGAAAAUGUAAAUACAUUUUUUUAGAUGUUAUUUUUGCAAUUUUGUUUACAUAAUUUUUGUUUUACUGUUAUAUGUAUCUGUGAUUUAGUUAAAAUGUUAUAUUUCUAUCUUUGUUAAUGCCCUCUUUGGGGGAUUGGCGUUCCCAUAAUGUGCCUUGAUACAGUGAAUUCUUUGAUAAACAUU